AUGACCAGUGAUAAAUCUGACCAAUUGCAAAUAUGAGAGCGUGCGGCGAGCGGCUAAGAUGUGCGGCCUUCGGGAAGGCAGCGAGUUGGAUGACUGGACCCUGUAUUGGACAGAUUAUUCAGUCUCACUGGACCGGGUGCUGGAAAUGAAAAGUUAUCAGAAAAUAAAUCAUUUCCCUGGGAUGUCUGAAAUCUGUCGGAAGGAUCUUCUGGCCAGGAACAUGAGCAGGAUGCUAAAACUUUUCCCCAAGGACUUUAACUUUUUCCCCAGGACAUGGUGUCUUCCUGCUGAUUAUGGAGAAUUACAGUCUUACAGCCGGUCGAAAAAACAUAAGACCUUCAUCUGCAAGCCAGACUCCGGCUGUCAAGGCAGAGGCAUCUACAUCACGAAAUCUGUGAAAGAUAUCAAGCCAGGAGAAGAUAUGAUCUGCCAGCUCUAUAUCUCAAGGCCUUUUAUUAUUGACGGGUUCAAGUUUGAUCUCCGGGUUUAUGCGCUGGUGACAUCAUGUGAUCCACUGCGGGUAUUUAUUUAUAAGGAAGGCCUGGCACGCUUUGCAACGUCCGCUUACUCGGACCCAUCAGCCAGCAACUUGGACGACGUCUGCAUGCACCUGACUAAUUAUUCAAUUAACAAGCACAGCGCUAAUUUUGUACGAGACGACGAUUCUGGUAGCAAGAGGAAGCUGUCUACCUUUAAUAAGCACAUGGCGGAAAAUGGCUAUGAAACAGAACCGAUAUGGAAGGACAUUGAAGAGGUGGUGGUUAAAACCCUGCUAUCAGCCUAUCCUAUCAUCAAACAUAACUAUCUCACCUGUUUCCCCAACCACACCAUGGGAAGUGCUUGCUUUGAGAUCUUGGGGUUUGACAUUUUACUGGAUCGCAAACUCAAACCAUGGUUGCUUGAGGUGAAUCAUUCUCCGAGCUUCAGUACCGAUUCAUGGCUCGACAAAGAAGUGAAAGACCAACUCCUGCAUGACACUCUGGUUCUGAUAAAUUUGGGAGCCUGUGAUAAGCGGAAGGUCUUGGAAGAAGAGAGACGGCGAGGAAAGGAGAGACUUCUCAAGCAUUGCCGUAAUCGAGAAUUGAGGGCCGAAGAAUACAAGAACUGCCAAGCAGCUUUGCUUAAGCAAGCAGAGAAAUACGAGGAAAAACACAUUGGAGGCUACCGACGAAUUUACCCCGCUUCUGAUCCGGACAGAUAUGAUAAGUUUUUCGAGCACCACAAUUCGCUUUUCCAAGAGACAGCGGCUUCCAGAGCACGUGAAGAGUAUGCCAGGCAGCAACUCCAAGAGUUACGCCUCAAGCAGGAACAAAAAGCGGCUCUGUCAAGAGAGAAGAAGGUGGAGCUCCAGGGAGAGUCCUGCGGAGAAAAGAUAAAGGUUUACAGGCAAAAGAUGGUGUGCAGAACAACAGUGGCGAGAGCCUGUGCCCAGCCUCCAUCCGAGCCUGGGAUUGCUGUUCUGCUUCAAAACCUCUCAUUCGAGCAGGAACCCAAGAAGGAAGCUGUCUAUGUGGAUCCAGAUCCUGUCCAUCCAGAGAGCCCCGGGUCCAGCAGCUGUCCAGAAAUACUUGAGAAACAUCCUGUGAGACCUUAUAGUUCCGUGCCUGACCUUACUAGACAGAACGCGUCCAGUACUGCAGAGCAGUGUAACUCCAACCCAGAACUGGGGGACUCCAUCAGCAGUCAUCACUCUGCAACGGAUGUGAACGUUAUAUCAGUACUCCAGCCACCAGAUGAGGGUCCCAAAACGUUUGCGAAAGAAAGCCCCAGUCCUCCCAAGCAGCUUCCGAAGAUGUUGCAGCCUCGUGCUGUGAGUGCAACGGCGGUUGGACGGUCUUUCUGCAGCACUGCCACAAUUAAAAACGUCCAGUUUUCCGGAAGUGAGCACAGCCAACUGCAUACUAGAGGAACCACAGCCUCUCCACGUUCAUCGGUCCAGAGGUUGAGAAUGAAUUUCUUAGAGAACAACAGUGAAAAAAGAACUAUCUUUGACUCAGAAUUCUUCAGCAAGAUCAAGUUCACGCCGCUGAAUAAACCUCUCAUGCUUUCACUACAACACCAGCAUCGUCAACUUACCAACAGAGCACAGAGCGCCUUCCUCCCAAGAGAUUUCCAUCUGAGCAGUAGGAACUCGUCCUACAGAAGGCAGGCAAAGGGCUACAGCGUUCACUUGCACAUGAAAAAUCCAGCCUUUCCACAGCACAGCUUGCAAGACCUCCUGGGUCUGAGUGAAUCUUUUGCAAACAGCAAAGGGAGGCUCUAG